GCGCAACAGAUACUACCGAAAAUGGAGUGUAUUCAUAGAACGGUUAGCAACUGUCAGCAUGAUCUUUCACUAGCAACACGAUGGACUUAGUAGGAUACGUGAGUUACAUUUAGAGAGAUAAAGAAAGAAAAGGCAUGGCUUCACGGAGACACAGAGAAGAUUUCGAUGGCAAAAUCGCAGGCUUGUAUGACAUGGAGGAUACGAUCGGCCGAGGCCAUUUUGCCGUAGUCAAACUUGCAAGACAUGUUUUCACCGGCGAGAAAGUAGCGGUAAAAGUCAUCGAUAAAACAAAAUUAGACGAUGUUUCAAAAGCUCAUCUAUUCCAAGAAGUAAGGUGUAUGAAAUUGGUUCAACAUCCAAACGUGGUUCGGCUUUAUGAGGUGAUCGAUACACAAACAAAACUGUACUUAAUUCUUGAGUUGGGAGAUGGUGGAGAUAUGUAUGACUACAUUAUGAAACAUAAGAAAGGGCUUGAGGAAACUGUUGCUAGACGAUAUUUUAAACAAAUUGUUGAAGCUGUAUCUUAUUGUCAUGACUUACAUGUUGUACACAGAGAUCUGAAACCAGAAAACGUUGUAUUUUUCGAAAAAUUAGGAAUAGUGAAGGUGACCGAUUUCGGUUUCAGUAAUCAGUUUAAACCUGGCUCAAAUCUAGAGACAUCGUGUGGUUCUCUGGCAUAUUCUGCACCAGAAAUUCUUCUAGGAGAUUCUUACGAUGCACCAGCUGUUGAUGUGUGGAGUCUUGGAGUCCUCCUUUACAUGCUGGUGUGUGGGAGUCCACCCUUCCACGAAGCCAGCGACAGUGAAACUCUCACCAUGAUCUUUGACUGUAAAUACCAAAUUCCAUCUCAACUUUCCAAGGAAUGUAACGAUCUCAUCACCAAGAUGCUACAGAAGGACCCGGCUGAUCGUAUGUCACUGGACGACAUAGUCGACCAUGCCUGGCUCAAGUCCUCUGAUUCCACAACAUUGCGGAUGAUGCCACUUAUCUUGCACGAACAUCUGUGUGAGGAAGACCACAACUACCUCGUUAACAAAAUGGUGGAGGGCAACAUUGCAACCAAGGAGGAAAUCUUACAAUCAUUAGAAAAAGACAUGUACGACCAUAUAGCAGCCACAUUUUACCUUCUGGCAGAGCGCAAACUCAAGCGACAACACCAGGAGCAACACAACGCCUCGGUAAUACGGAAGCACUCGGCACCAGCCUCACACGGUCACAGCAGACCUUACCUGGAGCCACUCGCACUGUCCCCUCGAUUGCAGCUUGAAGCCAAAAAAACCAGGACAACUCCAUUGGGUGCUUUUCUAAGCCCUACUUUGGAGAUUCCUCCCAGUCCACCAAUCGUUAGUGGAGAUCUACGCGCCAACUACUUUGUAAAGAGCCUGACGACGAGUAUGACCUUGGACCGAAAGUCUGCUCACUCAAAGAACAGGCACAAUCAGCCUGACCAGUUGGGACUCAUCUCGCCUGACAGGUCCUGUAGUGUCAGCCCUAAGGUGGGUCUACGGAAAUUCUUGCCCUCCCUUGGUACCAUCAUGGACAGCUGCCAGACAAGUAACACUGCCGAGCAGAUCCCAGACGUCCAACCAGCACCGAAAAAAUUUGUUCCCAUAUCCAAGAUCCAGAUACUCAAGUCAUUCUUCGAGAGGAAAGUGUCAUCAAAGGGCAAGAGUGGAGGGUUAGACAAAAUGCGAGAUCUGCACAAUCGGAUUUGGAGACAUCACAAGAAUAACCAGAAGGACAAAGACCAGAAAACAGAGCAGUGUCGACCAAAGACCAGCAUAGUGUCAUCUUUAGUAUCGCCUCCCGGGACACACCCGACGUUCACCACAACCUCCCCUCCUCAGAGUAUGAGCCCUGAACAUCUGGUAAGCAACACCAUGCGCAAGUACAGCCUCAUCAGAGAGGAGUCCAUUGACGAUGAAGAGGACAGCGACGAAAUGGAUAUGGAGGUGGAUCUGAGGUCGGCAAAGUCUGCAGAGAGUCUCGAUGACAACUACUGUCGCUCGCACACGUCUUUGACACGUGUGGACAAGGACUUACUCAACCCUAAACGACCUCUGAUUUCUGUGGCAAGUUCUCCGCAACUGCUGAAUCAGAUCUGUGAGGAGCACGAGUCUGAUGAGGAGGAUGAUUAUGUGCCGUCAAAGUUGCAUUCCCCACGUAUGCAAAUCAACCGUAGUGCAGCGUCCCCAGAGGUGGUCAGGAAGUAUGUCGCGCGCAAAAAGCGUGGCAAGGGGACGAGGGGCACCAGCUGUAGCAGCUCAGAUGCUAGUGAUACGGACGACACUGAAGGAAGGUCACGCAAGGACAAACUUAAACAUAAAUUCAUGCAUCGCCGUGAUAGUAGUGAUCAUUCUAGUGACACUGAUGGAGGCCCCUCUGGCCCCAGUGGGGGCAACCUUGGGGGCAGGCGAGGAUUUGGAGGGGGAGGGGGUGGAGGACACCAUGACAACAAGAAGGAUGAUGAUAGCAAUGGAGGUGGUGGGAAUAAUAAAGAUGGCAAGCAUGGAGGUGGAGGUAACUAUGGCAACAAACGGCAGAACUACCACCACCACAACCUGCAGAUGUCUGUGGGGCGAAACAUUGGGGAGCUAGGUAUCAAUUCAGCCCUGUCAAACCUCAGUCUGAACAGUGUGUCUAGUAAAAACAGCCUUAAAUACAUUGUGGAGCGCAAUGAGAGUGACAGUGACGAGGACGAGAUCAAGGUCAAGGUUAAUAAUGACAAGCUGGACACUCAGGCUGCAGUAACUGAUCACAUCAACCGGCUUAACUCGGCCAAAAUUCGUCAGGAUGUCAUUUCACAGGACUUCAGCAAACUGGCAGACCAUGGCCAGAAUAAGGUGCUGAAUGUGAAGAAGAAUGAAAAUAUCAAUUUUGUGUGUUCGACAGACUGUUGUCUGAAUGGAAUACGUGAAAGGACAGUCAGACACAAGGUCAAGGUCAAAAUGGACAUCAACAGGAACAAUGGGUAUUGUAAGGGACAUAACUCCAAUUUACAGCCGGCAAGGGUCCAAACCAAGUGCUGUUCGGUUGUAUGACCAGUUCCCACCAUACUGACAGUGUAACAAUAGAUCAAUUUUACCUCUGACACCUCAUUCACAUAAACGGCAUUAAGUAACAUGUUUGUACCAUGGUAGAAUUUAUCAGGUUUUGUCUGUGGUGCAUGGGACAUUCUCCUGUACAGAUCAAUAAUAAUCUCACUGCAAUAAAUUCAAGGUCUUGAUUUUCACAAGGAUUUACUAUUUUACCAUACUGAUGCUGUUAUCAAAUGAAAAAAGACCUUCAUAAUUACGUUUUCUUUGUUUACCUUGUGAAAGCUUGGUAUGUGAAAAUUUUAUUGAGAGCUUAAUUUGAUAAAGUUUGUACAUGAGAAUGACCUCUUUUCGUGGUGAAAACAGGGCCUUUUGUAAGCACAGGGCCUUGUGCUUCUUUUUUGUGGACACAGGGCCUUGUCAUGCUGCUUGUUUGCAGAAAGCCUCGGGUGUGUGAGAAAAUGGUGUCGCAUGAGAUUUGCCAUUGAGGCGUAUAACAUCAAAUAUGGUGAUGACAAUUGUGCUCACAGCAUGAACAUUGUAGACCUAGUGACAUUUUGUUGUCUUAGACCAUUUGGCUAUCUGAGCCAGAACAUAAUAGAUAUGUCCAGAACAUAAUAGAUAUGUCCAGAACAUAAUAGAUAUGUUAAGAUUGGUGUAUUGAAUUGUAGAAUUGUAAAGACGAAACACAUUGAGCGGUUUGAUUGUUAUCACUCAUCAACUACUUAUUCUUGAAUCUAACUAUUAAGAGAAAAAUAUUAAAUUUAAGUACAAUUAUGCAAUGAAGGGGUUCAUUUUUGCUGCGAUGUUAUAGGUAUGGUACUUGCAAUUUCCUAGACUGUGAAGUAGAUACUAGUGAAUAUAUAUUAGAAUAAAAGUUAGCCAACAAUAAUUUAUUUGAUAUGAUCAAGUUCCUUAAAUAUGAAAAAGCAGUUAAAACAAGCACAAGAAAAUAAAGUUAAUGGAUGAUCUCCCUUAACUCAUAUAAAUCAAAUUGAAACAGAUUUUUUGAGAUAUCGAUUUUCUGUGAUAAUAUGAAAUGUAUUUCUAAACGAUUCUGAUCAUUAUUUUGAGAUAAACAAAUUUAGAUAGAUGUCAUUAAAACUGAUAGUUUUUCUGCUGUAAGAACUGCAUUAUUUUGACUUAUCAAACUCAUUCAGUGAAAUAGCAGUUGGUACAGAUAUAUUAAAUUUUUACUAAAAGACAGUCUACAUGCAUAAUACAUUUGUAUGUGUGCAUGCAUACAGGAGAAGCUUAGGACUGCUUUUUUCACCAGUUUUUGUUUGUUUUUCUGUUUUGUUUCUCAGUUUGUGUCCCUGUAUCGGGAAGUGUUACAGAUUUUUAUUUUUACAUGUAUCCGUACAUGUAUAAUGUUCAUAUACAAUCAUUUGAAAACAUGCAUGUAAACAACCUGUUUUUGAUUUUAUUGUAAAUGUUUAUAAAAGUUUCAUGUAGGAGUGUUUAUGAAGGAUCUCAGCAUUCUUGUUUACUUUUUAACGUUAAUUUUAAAACAAAAUACAUACAUAACAAGUACUGUACUCAGAAUGGUUCCAAGAUAUCAUUGUUUUUAAUGCCACAAAUUUUAUCCAUAGUAUAUUUACUCUGAAGAAUACAAAGUUAUAUAACAUGGUCUUUAAUGAUAAAAUACUGUAAACUUUCCAUUUUUUUUCAUUCAUCAUAUUUUUGCGAUAAAGCACUUAAUCAUGAUCAUGAUAACUGCCAAAUACAAAAUCACUACUCCAGUUAGUUAUAAAUAACUGAAGUGCAAAUUAUGAUUUAUUAAACUUAGAUAUUGUUGCUAAUGUGUGAAAAUAUGAGUACACAAAAAAGAUACAUUGACAGUUAUAUGUGUUUAUCAGAACUACAGUGUAUUCUCAUCACACUAACUCUAGCGAACGGAAUUUGUCUUUGGGUUAUUGAUGAAAGUGAUUUGUCAGCUUCAUGAAUUUCAGACAUGUACAGAUUGGUAUGAAAUAGUGCUAACACAGUGUCUUCAUAUAUACUGAUCCCAGCAUACAGAGUAUAAUGCUAUCUGUUACAAUUGUAUUAUUUUGGAUUCUCUGCUGAGGUCAUUUAUUAAGUUGAAACAUAUCAAAUUUGACUUUUUGUGAUAUAAAAAUACUUUAUUUACCUCUCAAUAAGCCCAUGCCUGGUAAUAAGCCCACCCAUAUUUAUUGCAGUUUAGUAUAAAUUCAAACAGAUGUAUUUCAUUGUGCUGCAAUCAGUCCAAUUCCCUAAUUUUAAGUCAGACUUUUUUGUUGAGACCAUUGACUUAUUGGAGAAAUAUUUUAAUAGCAAAUAGAAAUAUCUCUUAAAUCUCAACCCCUUCACUCUAUGAUUUGUUUAUUUGACUCCCAGCUUCUGAAACUUGCUUUAAAGUAAAUGCAGCAUGUGUUAACCAAACCCUAUUUGUGAAAUGGGGACCAUGGAUAAUGAUGAUUGGGUUGAUUUUAUCAGACUUUGAACAAAUUUAAAGUGUAUGGCAAUCUCAGGGUAUUUAUUUUAGUGUGAAGCGAAAUUGUUGUUUUGUUCAGUUAAGCAGAAUCCAAGUUGAAACAAUGUCUCUUGUAAGGUUUAGAUAGAAUUGUGAUUUUGCAGAUGAACUUGAAAUUCUGUGUAUAUUUUACAACAUGGUUUUAAGUUUGCUUGUCAACAGUAACCUGCUAUAUAGCUACCAAGCAUGGACUAGCAUCUAAAGAGUAGAUACAGUUGUACAGAUAUAUGUACUUACUUUUCGAAUGUGAAGAAAGUGUAAUGUGUUUGAGGUGACAGGAGAACUCUCCCACAAAUACAUCAAAUAGACGUUUCAACAAGCAAACUCAGGUUCAAAUUUUACCAUUGUUCCUUAAGGAAAAAUCUUUGAAGACAUUUUUUCGGAACUUCUGUGAAGUUUUUAUAUGGAGAAUCUAAAGGAAUGUUGCUGAAAGCGAAUCCUGCUUCUGUGUCUGCUUUGAAUUGUAGUUUUAGAGGUAAUUUUUUGCUGCCACUGAGUGGUAACAAAUUAUUGUUUAUUGUACAGACUGAGACAUACACAUGUAACACAUAUUUGUUUGCACAACCAAAGACAAAAUAGGUGACAGGUAAUUCUGUCGAUCAGUUUUGUUUUGGAAUACAUGGGGUGCUAAAUCUGUAUACCAUGUGUAAUUGGUUGUAAUAUUCAUUCUAUGUAUAUAUAUAUCAUGUAUCUACCCAUAACUUGUCUUUCCAAUACUGUCUGUGUAGAGUACAUAAUAUUUGGUGCGAACUUCACUGCUCAAAAUGCUUUAAACAGCUAAGGGAAUCAAUUUCUCUUCAAAAUGACUAAAUAAGAAAAAAGGAAAAAUCUGAACAUGCUAAAUUUAUGUAAUUUUGUGAAAGACACACUUGUCAGAAAUAAUUUAGAUAUCAAGUUCAGUAAAUUUUACAAUGGAUGGAAGUUCAUGCAAAAAUUUGAUUGUUUAAAUCCAGAUAAGUAAUGCGAGAUGCAUUUUUGUGAAAAUUGUUCUAUCUGGAUGGUUUUUAUAUAGAUGGGAAUUAUGUUGAUAGUACUCAGGACUAUCUACAUUAAGUUGGUCAAUUAGGAUUACAGUAAAACAAAAUUUUCCUGAAUUUAAGACACACAAGUAACACUUGCUAGUGAAAUCUAAUGACCUAAGUGUUGAUACAUUUAAACCUUUUCGCUGCUUGGCUAUUUAUUGAGAAGUCGUAUUAAAUUUCUCAGACCUCCAGGCCUUUCUAGGGCUGUGGUGGUCAAGUUGUUAGCCACUGGGUCACAGGUUCAAGGCCUACAUGGGUCAGUCCCCAGGUGCUGGCUGUAGGUCGAUGGUUCUUCCUCUCGAUACUCUGGACUUCCUCCACCACCAGAACCUGGCUCAUCCUUAAUUCAUUCGCCACCGACAUUUCAGAAUGAACUAUUCCAACCUUUGAAUUGGAGGAGUUCAAAUGUGUCUCCAGGGGUGGAUGAGUACCAGGUUUCUUAUUCUUACACCAAACUGUAUAAUGUCUUAUUAAUGCACUCACUUUGUAUUCUUCUUAUGAAAGUGAAGUCAUCAGAUUAGCCCUGCUCCUUUGUAAUGAAUAAAUAUCACCUAAUAAUUGUGUCUGUGUCUUCACCCACACAUCUAUUCAUAGUCACACUCAUUUACUUUCCUUUAACAGUUUGUCCUUUCACCUACACAUAUACUUACCAGUACAUUUUGUAUGUCAAUUGAACUGUUAUAAAUGCUUAUUGAAAUAUCAAGAUUGAAUUGAAUUAUUCAGUAUUUUUCUUGACUUACUGAAUCAAGGUAGGCAGACUCUAGCGUAAGGUUAAACAUCUUAAGAAAAACAAAAGGAUAAAAAUGAAAUUUGAUGAGAUAGUUUCAUUUUUUGAUGUUUUUAGGUCACCUGA